AUGUUAAGUGUUUUGUUAUGUACUUCUUCUUCAUAUCAAACCCAAACAAUUGGAAGACUCACAACUCCAGGAACAAAUCUUGUUAAAGCAUACAAGACCAGUAAUCCUGAUUUAAAUCGAAAUUGUUACUGGCUUUACUUCGAUUACUAUGUUCAUAUACUUGGAUACGAAAAUGGAUUUGCGCAUGUAAGAAUUGGUACCGAAGACUGCUGGAUUAGCAAAGAUUCCCUUGAAGAAAUCACAAUUCCAACAAAAUCCGUCACAGAAGCCAAUAUUUAUUCAGAACCAUCUCGCGCAGAAACAAUUAUUCGCUAUGUUCCAGCAAAUUCCGAUGUUACAAUUCUUGAUUUUAACUGUGAUGGCUUUUACAGAAUUAAUUAUCGUGGUUAUAUUGGCUACAUUCUUGAAGAUGCACUUCAAUACAAAUGGAAGCAGGUAGAUGGCGCUAAUGAUGGAGAGAGAGCUGCAAAUCUUGUUAAGACCAAGCUUGGCUGCAAAUACGUCUGGGCUAUGAGUGGCCCAGAUACAUUCGAUUGCUCAGGCUUAAUGCAAUGGGCUUACAAUAGGCUUGAUAUCUUCAUGCACAGAACAGCUGACGUUCAGGGAAAUCACGGACAACUUAUUGAAGACGCUAAAGAUAUUCUUCCAGGCGAUAUUAUUACUUUCCACACAGAUUCUGAAAAACCUACAGCUGUUACUCAUGUCGGAAUGUAUGUCGGAAACGGACAAUUCAUUCACGCUUCCACAAACGGAUACGUUGUCAGAUACCAAGAUUUCAAUAGCUAUCCAUAUCCAGUUAGCUCAAUCAGAAGAUAUUGGACAAAGUAA